AUGGGGUUGAGCAUCCCAAACAGCUUGGUGGAAGCCGGAAGGCGUAUGAAGCAGAAUCUAUGCCACUACCGCACCAGUUACGCCUUCUUCAUCCUCUUUAUCUUCUUCCUCAGCCUAUUUGGGCACUCAUUCCCGAUGGUCAUCCUGAUCAACUUCGUGUUCGGCUGCUUUCUCGUUUACCUGUAUGACCCAGACCCAAACCCAAUCGUGCUCUCUAACUGCUGCACUCUCGAUAGCAUCGCGAUCUUGGCAGUUCUUGGGGUCUUCACCAUUUGGGCUCUACUUCUCCUUACCCACGUCUGGUUGAAUGUCUUGGUUUCGAUCUUGAUUGGUUCUGCGCUCGCUGGGUUACACGCCUUGUUUAGGGGAACGGAGGAUCUGCAUUCGGAUCGCAGCGAUCAGGAGCCUCAUCAAGAUCGCGAGCUGGUCGAGGUUGUUGACUUUGGGAAUAAUCGCACCACCACUACUCCUACUGCUUCAGACGCCGACCAACAACCUCAUCAAGAUCGUGAGCGGGUCGAGGUCGUUGACGUUGGGAAUCCCACCACCACUACUACUACUGCUUUAAACGUCGCCGAUUGA